AUGGACUGCUUCACUUCGCCAUGUGCAAGUUUAAGCACAGGAGCUGCCAAUACGUAUUUGUCGCUCCUGAUGAAUUACUUGAGUAUCUCGCAAUGUGCUCUCUCGCCGCCAGAAAUGUGGCCAGCUGAUUAUGGAGAUUAUGCUAUACGCAAAGGCUUUGACACUUAUGACUUCAUAAUUGUUGGCGCUGGAUCAGCAGGAUGUGUUCUCGCCAAUCGUCUCACGGAAGAUGGAAGUACGAAAGUUCUCCUCUUGGAAGCAGGCGGAGAUCCUCCAAUUGAGUCAGCCAUACCCAGACUCUUCUUUUCUCUGCAAAGACCCCCAUAUGAUUGGGAUUAUCACGUGGAACGCUCGGAUUCAUACAGUCUGCUGCAGGCAAAAGGAGACUUCUGGCCAAGAGGAAAGAUGUUGGGUGGAUCGAGUUCACUCAAUGCCAUGUAUUAUGUCAGAGGAGUUCCAGAUGACUACAAUAACUGGGAAGCACUCGGAAAUCCAACGUGGGGAUUCGCAAACGUCUUGGAAUACUUUAAGAAAUCCGAGCAGAAUCACAAUCCGGAGAUUGCUAAUGCCUUUGGUGGAUAUUAUCACUCAACAACCGGACCAAUGUCUGUGGAACUCUUCGGAAGCAAUGAUCCAGCCAGCUAUUUAGUUACUCAAGCAGCUCAAGAGCUGGGUUUCGAAUUCAUCCCAGACUUCAAUGCAGACAAGCACAUAGGAUUCACAUUCUCACAAGCAACUGUGAAGUCUGGUGUGCGUGAAAGUGCCGCGACGGCAUUUCUUCUUCCAGCCAUGAACAGACCAAAUUUGCACGUUGUCAAGCACGCUCACGUCAAUAGGGUCAUAAUUGAUAGCAAUGGCGUGGUUACUGGAGUGCAAAUGAAUCUGCGAGGACAAGAAAUGGAGGCUUUCGCUAUUAAAGAAGUCAUUUUAAGUGCCGGAGUGAUUAAUUCACCACAGAUUCUCAUGCUUUCUGGCAUUGGUCCGGCACCACAUCUGCAGCAAAUGGGACUUCCUGUUAUCAGCAAUUUAAAAGUCGGUCAAAACCUACAAGAUCACCCAAUUGUGCCAAUUGUCAUUAAACUCAACAAGUCCACAGCCGUACCAGUAGCUGCCAGUGAUAUUAUGCAGGCCUUCUUCCAGUAUUUGGCCACGCACACGGGAUACUUUGCGACUACAGGAUCAAUGGAAACCCUCGGAUACGUCAAUGUGAACGAUCCUUUGGCAAUUUACCCAGAUAUUCAGUACUAUCACAUAGCAUUCCAAAGGGGACAAUCAGAGGAAAUUCUAGCUUUAUACAGAACAGUCGGUUAUAUUGAUGAACUGGCACAAGCUGCCGCUCUGGAGAUUGAGAAGGCAAACAUGCUGAUUGUUGCAGUUGCUCACUUAGCACCGCGAUCCAUCGGAGAAAUUCUCUUACGCAGUGCGGAACCGGCGGAAAAACCACGCAUUUUCGCCAACUAUUUGUCAAAUGAAUUGGACACUGUAGAUUUUGUCAAAGCCAUUCGUUUGUAUUUGAGAUUCUUGAAGACAGAAAUUUUCACAGCGAAUGAAGCAGAAUUGCUGAUCAUUCCUAUUCCUCAAUGCGAUAUUUUGGGAUUUGAUACUGACGAAUAUUGGGCAUGUUACGCACAUUUCAUGAUCACCACAGUUUAUCAUCCUUGUGGAACAUGCAAGAUGGGUCCUGAUUCAGAUGCCGAUGCUGUGGUUGAUUCCAGAUUGCGUGUGAAAGGCACUACUGGCCUCAGAACAGUGGAUGCCAGCAUAAUGCCGAGGAUUCCGAGAGGCAAUCUAAACGCCCCAACAAUCAUGAUCGCAGAAAAAGCGAGUGACUUCAUAAAGCAAGAAUGGUCAUUGCCACAGUGA